AUGAAAAAUAAGCUGGGAAUCAACUUUUUGACGAGUGAGAAGUUCGUCGGCGAUCUGCCGGUGAACGUAGCUGUGCAACAGCGGACCCCCAAGAACAACCCGCGCCGCGAGUCUGUAACCCCGAAGAUAGUGGUCUGCCCACCAAUUGAAGAAAUGUCGGAAACUAUUACAGCUCCCCGCGGCGGCAGGCUGCUGAAAGCUCUCAGCAGCCGGCUCUCUCGCCGUGCUAACGACUCGGAUUCCGUCGGCAGCUCGAGCAGCAGCGACAGUGUGUCUGGUGAAAAUGGACGUACUGAUGACCGAUCGUCGUGCUCAGUCAGUGAAUCCGGAAGCGACGGCUCUGAACGUCACCGCCGGCACCGCUCCACUGUGUCUCUUCGCCGAGUGUUCCAAAGCCUGAGCCUGUCAUCUCGUUCGCAGUCUUGUUCUCCGACUGAACGAUCGCGUCAGCCCAAGAAGCAGACUCAACCGAAGAGGAUUCUUCGACCCCCUGUAACAUACACGUAUGUACGUGGACUCUCAGGCCUACCAACACAGAGAGUGCCUCGACACACAGUGUGCUGCGCAUCCAUGGGCCUCAACCGAUAA